AUGGGCAACUCAAUACCAUUUUCAAUUGGAAAUGUUCAACUCGACAAGAAGUUAGGUGAUGGGGGGUUUAGUCAAGUCUAUCUUGGUAAAGUUCCCAAUGGUUCUUUAGUUGCAGUCAAAAUCAUGGGAUACUCUUCCGAUGAAAACAUGCGACGAAUUCAGCGUGAGAUCGAAGUCCACAAAUUGUCAAGUGCAUGUCCAUACGUUGCCCGACUAGUCGAUUCGACUGUUAUCAAUUUAAAUUCACAAACGUCGAUUGCGAUGGCGUUAGAGUAUUGCGAUAGCAAUUUAGUGACGCAGAUGGAAAAUGCAUAUCCAUAUCACAUAUCAGAUGACGAGAUAAGACAAAUCAUGAUAUGCCUCUCGACAUCUUUGAAAUACAUUCAUUCGAUUGGGUACUGCCAUAGAGAUAUAAAAAUAGAAAAUGUUUUAAUAACACGCGGGAAGUAUAAGUUGGCCGACUUUGGAAGUGCUAUUGAAGCUGAUAACUACCUCCAUCGGAAUCAAGGAGACGCUGGAAGUAUCGAAGAGGAUAUUGAAAAGCAUACGACACCGGAAUAUCGAUCACCGGAGAUGGUUAAAGUGUUUGAUUAUUUACCAAUAGGAACUCAAGCCGAUAUUUGGGCAUUAGGAUGUUUGCUUUAUAAAGUCCUUUUCUUUGUGACGCCGUUUGAAGGAAGUCCGAUGAAAAUCAUGAGAGGAGUGUUCGACUAUCCAAAGAACAUUUUAGAUGUCCAAAAGGGGUGGAUUAAUAUGAUGUUAGUCGUCAACCAAAACGACAGAUGUACUGCAGCGGAAAUUGAAAGUUGUGUACUGAAUAACACUUACACACAAGUCAACAAAAGUCCUGUAGUCGAACAACAUAGUGUCGAAAAGACUUAUGAAAAGGCUGAAGGAUUGAAAGUAACUCCUCCAAGUUCUACUACAACAGCAACUAACACAAUUGUCACUAAUCAACAACUCCGUCCACGUGGAUAUACUCAGAAACUUGAUAUCUUCGUGAACACAUCGAAAGACCGACGCGAUGCAUCUCCAAGAGAACCCGAGAUGAAAAUCACACACCAACGAAGUUCUUCAAACUCUUUAUUCACACAAAAGGAACAACAAAAACAACAAACUCUUUUAGACUUAACCGAUCAAAAAGUCAUUCAAAAGAAUGAAAUCCUUAAAAACAUUUACUCGUUGUAUGACAAAUCAUCGUCUCCUUCAAUGAAACCUAUUCAACCAUCUCCUUCCCCUUCUAUUCCUCUCGACUACUCGUCUUAUUCGUUCUAUCAAACUACUCCACAAAACACGUUUGGAUUCAACGACAGCGCUUUUGCUCAACAACAAACUCAACACGUGCGAGAUAAAAACGUGUUCAAUCCACCACCCCCUUCACCACGAGUUAUCGAUAGAAGUGAGCAAAAGCUCGAUAAGUUGGACAGCGACAUAUUCGCGCAAUUGGACACAAAAAAGAGAGGCAACAGAACAAGUCCGUUCUCCUUCGACUCGUCCGCCUUUUGA